CCAUGAUUAUCGCGAGUCUUUAAUGGGAUCCUUAACUAAAAUUGAUGAUUUAAUUAAAUCAAAACAAAAUUAAAAGUGUAUAACCGAUCCUUAGUUAAUGGUUUUUGUAACCGAUGAUAGAAAAGUUUCUUAUAACACGUGUCAGCAACAUGUGUUUUUGUUUUUUUUUUUUUCUUUUUUUUUCUUUUCUUUUCUUCCUCUCCUCUUCUCUCAUCUUCUCACCGUGGAAGGGAACCGGAGCAUCCGUUCAAUCGGCGUUUUCUCUCGUCUUCUCCUCUCCGUCGCGAAGCGUCUCCUUCCUUCAAUCGCCGUCAUGUCCGUCUUUCUCUUCUCUGGUCUUCUCCGUUGGUAAAGGAAGUGUCUCCUCCCUUCAAUCGUCGCUCGUCCAAUCGCUGCGACCCCAUCUCCUCUCUCUUCUGACCGUGGGAGCAUUGAGAGAUUCAUCACAGAGUGGAGCAGUGGGAGCAUCUCAUGCUUGUUGUUUCACAGAGUGGAGCAGUGGUAACACGACACAAGACGAGGCAGAUGUGAGCACACGAGUCACGGAGUUGGGAGUGGAAGAAUCACAGACUUGGGAGUGGAACGAUCACGUAUUCAUCUACACUCCUCCACAAGUAACCACAAACAAGUAAUUUUUUUUUCUUUUUAAGAAACCCAAAUUAAGAACCUACCAUUGUAGCUUAAAAAUUAGGUGAUUUUUAACUAAGGUUUUUAGCUAAAAUUUAUUAGUUAAAUAAUCAUUAAAGUGUACUUAAGAAACCUUAUGGGUUUCUAGGGAUAAUGAUGCUCUU